AUGCAACAAAUGAAACGAUCGACUCGAAUGGAUCUUGGUUUGAUGGAAGCAAAGAAUUUAUUUCAGACACAAGAAUUGAAAGGACCUUCACGAAGAGUGGUUAUUAUUCUCACUGAUGGUGUUCCCGAUGAUGAGCAGAAGGCUAUUCAUGCGAGUGAUGAAUUGAAGAUUGUGUUCGAUGUGGAUGUGAUGUGUUUGGGAGUCGGGGAGUAUGUCAAUGAAAAGAUUAUAAAAUUACUUGCCUCAUCAGAUGAUAUGGGAGGAUGUGUGAGUCAAUGGGAUGAUGUGAAAGACACGAUCGAAGAGUUGAUGGGACUUUCCAGUCAAAAGAGAGACACCAUUCGAGUGAGUGCUAAAAUCUUGAAUCGUCCUGUAGCCAUUGGACAACCUGUCAAAUUCCAAGUCACAUUGAUCAACAGGUCUUCAGAGUGUGUCCCAAAAAACAGUACUUUCAAAUUCCUCAAUCAAUAUUUUGAUUUAUGUCGUCAUGUCAUUCCAUCAGAUAUCAAUGAGGAUGGAAAGUAUACCUUUGAAAUCGAAUUAGAGACUUUAGACAAUGUAUCUAUCCAUGAACUUGAAGAAACCAUCCCAUUUGAAAUAUUGAACCCUAAAAAAGUUCCACUCAUGAAAGGAGCUGUCACUAUUUGGAGUAGUUUCUUCAAUUGUGUUUAUACUCUAUUGGAAGGAAGUGUGGUUACGAGCAAUCAAUUCUCAACUCUUGCUAUUGCUGCCAACACUGGAAAUCACGUAACCACCAAAAUGUGUCGUUACAAUCUUCCCAAAAUAUUUGAACAUGAUCCACAACUCUCCAAAUUGAGAUACGUCUUGUGGGACACUUAUGGACUCACCAGUGAAACCUAUAACAACAAUGAGUUUAAUUUAUUCGUUGAGGGAAGACUUCCACAUGAAUAUGAAAUGAAUUCCGUAACACAACUUCCCAACAAUCAAAACUUUACUUGUGUGGAUGAACCUCAACGAAAGAUUCAUUCCAUCCUAUUUGUGGUUGCUCAAGGUGAUCGUGGUGAUAGGGAAUUGAUGAACAGGUUGAGGGAAAUGUUCCUUGAGGCUUUAAAAGCUUCAUUGCAACCUUUGGUGGUGAUUUCCAAGAUUGAUGAGGUUGCUGCAAAUGAAGAUUUGGAAACACUUAAAAAUAACAUUGCCCAGCAGAUUGGAGCACCAAGACAUUCGAUUUUCACAACUGAGAAUUAUCAUGGUAAUGAUCCAAAAAGAAGAUUUGAUAUUGAUAAGAAUACUUAUAUGAUCCUUGAAGCUGCUAUUCGUCAGGGAGAACUUUAUUUGAAAUCUUCUAGAAACCGUGAAUCGUAUUAA